UUGUAUUCACUCAUCAUGUCGGAGGUGACUAACACCACCAAAGAACCUUUCUACUUCAUCCUCAUGGGCAUUCCUGGCUUUGAGGCUUCCCACAUCUGGAUCUCCAUCCCUUUUUGCUGUCUCUACACCAUCUCCAUCAUGGGCAACACCAUCAUUCUCACUGUCAUCCGCACAGAGCCAGCCCUCCACCAGCCCAUGCACCUGUUCCUCUCCAUGCUGGCCCUGACUGACCUGGGUCUCACCCUCACCACCCUGCCCACUGUUAUGCAGCUCCUCUGGUUCAACAUUCGUAAGAUCAGCUUUGAGGCCUGUUUUGCUCAAUUUUUCUUCCUUCACGGAUUCUCUUUUAUGGAAUCUUCUGUGUUGUUGGCCAUGUCAUUUGACCGCUAUGUGGCCAUCUGCCACCCCCUCCAUUAUGCCACUAUCCUCACCAGGGAAGUCAUUGGCAGGAUCGGGUUAGCUGUCAUUUGCCGCUGUGUUCUGGCUGUUCUUCCUUCCCUUUUCCUGCUCAAACGCCUGCCCUUCUGCCGCUCCCACCUUCUCUCUCACUCCUACUGCCUCCACCAGGACAUGAUUCGACUGGUCUGUGGUGACAUCCGGUUCAACAGCUGGUACGGCUUUGCUCUGGUCUUGCUCAUUAUUGUGAUGGACCCUCUGCUCAUUGUGCUGUCCUACUCACUAAUCCUGAAAAGUAUCUUGGGCACAGCCAGGUGGACUGAGCGGCUCCGGGCCCUCAACAACUGUCUAUCUCACAUUCUGGCUGUGCUGGUUCUCUAUGUUCCCAUGGUUGGCUUAUCUAUGACCCACCGCUUUGCCAAGCAUGCCUCUCCACUUGUCCACAGCGUCAUGGCCAAUACCUACCUGUUGGCACCUCCUGUGAUGAACCCCAUUAUUUAUAGUGUAAAGACUAAACAGAUCCGCCAGGGAAUGUUUCGUUUACUCUUCCAGAGAAAAGUGCACUAA